AACCCACAAACUGCUGCUAAGGAAGGAGGUGGCACGGCUGCCAGCAUUGUCACCCUCGCUGCGCUGGCUCGCAGCCUCCCUUUAGCGCGGCCGGACCGGGCCGAGCGGGGCCGCCCCUCAGCCCUUAUCUAACGUGGCCAGGCUGGCCGGGCGCCUUAUGUAAGGGCAGAGGCGGGGCCGGCCCGGCUGCGGGGGCGGCGGCAGCAGCAGCGCCAUGUCCUGGUACCGCAACACCGUGUGGUUCGUGAAGGGGCUGCGGGAGUACACGAGGGGUGGUUACGAGUCUGCUUCCAAGCGCUUCAACGCAGCUGAUGUGGAGGUGGAUGUGGCUGGGAGAUCCUUCCUGGUCACUGGUGCAAACAGUGGCAUUGGCAAGGCCACAGCCAAGGAGAUAGCGAGGAGAGGUGGCACAGUUCAUCUGGUUUGCCGAAAUAAGGAACGGGCUGAAGUUGCCAAAGAGGAAAUAGUGACAGAAACGGGCAAUCAGAACAUCUUCUUGCAUAUUGUGGAUUUAUCUAAUCCCAAGGAAAUAUGGAAGUUUGCUGAAAAAUUCCAAAAUGAACAUAAGCUAAAUGUGUUGGAGUUUGUUUUACAGAUCAACAAUGCGGGAUGUAUGGUGAAUAACAGAGAGUUAACUGAAGAUGGACUUGAAAAAAACUUUGCAACAAACACUUUGGGUACAUACAUCAUGACCACUGCCCUGUUGCCACUCUUGGAAAAAGCAGCUGAUGCCAGAGUGAUCACUGUUUCUUCUGGGGGCAUGCUUGUUCAAAAAUUAAACAUAUCUGACUUGCAGUCGGAAAGUGGGUCAUUUGAUGGGACCAUGGUGUAUGCACAGAACAAGAGACAGCAAGUUGUCCUGACAGAGCAAUGGGCAAAGGCUCACAGGAAUAUCCAUUUUUCCGUGAUGCACCCUGGCUGGGCAGACACUCCAGCUGUGAGGUCGUCCAUGCCUGAUUUCUAUGAGAGGAUGAAGAGCUCGCUGCGCACCGAGGCCCAGGGAGCCGACACCAUCCUGUGGUUGGCAGUGUCUGCUGAAGCAACAAAGCUGCCCAGUGGCUUGUUCUUCCAAGACAGGCAACCAGUUCCUACACACUUACCCCUAGCAUACACCCACAGUCCACCAGAGGAUGAAGAGAAACUAAUGGAGAUGCUGGAAGAGUUCUCCCAGAAGUUUAAAUCCAUUUCUCCAGGAAUUUAGUGUCUCUCCUGACACAGUGUCACCACAAAUCUUCUAAUUACACAGUAAUGUGCUGUUGAGGGGAAGUGGGAUGCCAUAGGCCUGUUAAAAAUGAAUUAGGUUCAGGUGUUCUCAUAAUGAGGUAGUAGAGUGGCACCUGUGUAAUUUUUCUCUGCUGCCAAGUCUCUCCCAUUGUGAAUAUGCAGCUGCUGCCUCAAGACACACUAAGGUUGUGUUCUUUGGAUUGGAAGAAAAAUUGAGAGGCAUUAAAAUAAGCCCUGAGACUUUGUAAAGUUACCUAGAUAAUUUAAAACACUCAGCACAGAGAAAUGCAGAGGAGUGUACUUUCAGUAGCCUUCGUGAAGGACUUCAGGAAAGAAGUGGGAAUAUUUUAAGCAGCUUUUAACUGCUGUAUUUGACAGGUUGGUGGCUUCCUUCACUGUAUGAGGGUGACUGGGUUCAAGCAUGUAACUGGGAAUGCAGAAACUCUCUUGCAGAGCCUGCUUAGCUUAAAGGGAAGGAUUCCUCAUGGCCUUUAGUUUCUAUAAAUUAGUGCCGGUAUGCAGAAGUGAUCUGCUUCCUCAUGUUUAAACAGCAAGAAUUUAGGAACACUGCCAAAUGCCUUCCACAUUACUUGAUGGAGCCAGGGCUAAAUAUUAUCCCAUUUAUGUCAAAAUACCAUGAAGUAGGAGGUUUCAACACAACACACCCAGACAUGGCUGAAUCCAGCAGAGAAAUGGCUGCAUGACUGUAGGCACAAAAAGAAACAUGCUAAGGUGUACCUGCUUGCCAUUUCUGUGAGAGAUUAAGGGAAUUGUUUUAUCAUUGUGAAUAGAUUAAGAGAGGAAGGUGAGAACUGGUGUGGCACAGGUUUUAGAGGAGAAUCCACCUCCUGAUGAGAGGCUUGUAUUUUGUCUGGAUGUGUUUGCUUCCAGACACAGAGAACAGGAUUCAUCCUACCUGAUCUGUGGACAUUUGAAUUACUCACUGAGUUUCUCACUGUAAAUCACUAGAGGGAGAAAUGGGCUUUUUCACAGGGAUUUAGUGGAUCUAGUUUAAGAAACCACUUAUAGUGUUGCAUCUUUCUAAGAGUGUUUAAGACAAUGAGCUCACACUUAGACUUUCUUGGGGGACUCAUUUUGUCUUAAUGAUUUCAGAUUUACUGCAAAGCCAGGACUUUAUUAACAAAGGUAACACCUUUUCUCCUGAACUGAAUGUGUUUAUUAACCAGCUGCCUCCAGAACCCCCCCAAGUUGCUGCACUGUUUCACACGUGGCUCACACCAGUGUGGUAGGACCAAGGACCUAAACACAAAUAUAACACAGAUGUUCUUGAGCUCUCUGCAGUGCCUGGCAGCUAAAGACUGGUGAUGGACAGAGGGGAGCUCCUUCUGUCUAUUUUAUGUAUUUAGUUUCCUCCUGGCUGAUGGUAUUUCCUCAUUAUACAAAGAUCUCCUAUUAAGUACCAGUUUAAGAAAAAAACUGCUUUUUUCAGCCUAUUGUCAAUCUCCUUAGAAGAUUUUACUGUCAGAGAGGCCCUGAGAAAAAUUUCCCAUGAUAAGCAGUGCUGAGACAAGUCAGGCUGUCACAGCUCCUCCUGGGUCAGCAUUCCAGUUAUUGCCUCAUUUAUAAACUUAACUCCUUCUUGCACUACAGUGAAAGAAAACAACAGCAAGGCUUGUACAGAGGUUUAUUUCCUGCAAAUCUGGUAUUAACAUUUUCUGUGGUUUCAACUGUUAAAUACAGUUACCCAAAACAAGAGCAUAGCUGGAAGCACAUAUAGUAACUACAUUUCUUAACCCAAUAGCUGCAAGGCUAAUAAAAACAUUUGUAUUAUUUAGUAUUUACAUCAGUUUGCUUCUCAGCUCUGCAGUACAGAAGAAAAGUUUAAUGACUGGUAUUUAAAUAGUUCAUAAAAGUAAAAACUCUGCACUAUAUAUGUGUAUAUUUAACACAAUUUAGUCCACAUUCUGCACUAGUGUAUUUGAAUAGCCUAUAUUUUUCAUUUUGUGUCACAGCUUAAAAAUGAAGCCAAAGUUAAGAAAACUGCUUUAAUCAGUUUGGUCACAGUGUCAAAGAGCAACAUGCUAUGGUUUAAGAGCACUUCUGAUUUAAAAAGAACUAAACCACAGGAACAGCAAGUAGAAACCAAGUCCAGAGUGUCACACACUUUGGUAUUAUGGUCCUGCUGAUGCUUUGUUUCAGCCCGAUUCCACGAGAGCAAACAUGGCUUGUGGCUGCAAGCCAGUGAGAGGAUUUGCCUAAUGCAAUCCAGAACGACUUGCACCUUCACGUAAGUGAAUACUUUUACAGACUCACAGAUUAUGCUGAGUCAGAAAGGACCCACAAGGAGCAGAGUCCAACCUCUGGCCCUGCACAGGAUGCCCCAAGAGUCACACCAUGUGCCUGAGAGCACUGUCCAAAUGCUUCUUGAACUCUGUCAGGCUGGUGCUGUGACCACUUCCCUGGGGAGCUGUUCCAGUGCCCAGCCACCCUGGGGGUGAAGAACCUUGUCCUGAUAUGCACCCUAAACCUGCCCUGACACAACCUUAUGCCAUUCCUUUGGGCCCUGUCACUGGUCACCCCAGAGAAGAGAUCAGUGUCUGCCCCUCCUCUUCCCCUCACAAGGAAGUUGCAGAUUGUGAUUGUAUCCCCUCAGUCUCCUCUUCCACUUUUAAAACUUUAUUAACAAAAUUAAAAUAGCAUCCAGUGACAGACGACCAGAAGGUGAAGGUGGCACAGAUCCUUGCUAAGCAGUGCACACUGGGAGGUUGAGAGCACACCUGGUUCCUGGGAGUGGAAUGACAAGCACAGCAGCUGCUCUUGCCACCCUUUCCAGUCCAGGUGCAGCCCCACACUUCUUGUGGCAGCCUUGAGCCUUUUAUGACUGUGACCUCACUCUGAUGGCUUCACAUUUUCUUCAUUUUGUGAAGUCACCUAGUUGGGAAGUUUUUGCUCUCAGGGAUCUUGCACAGGAAUGUAGCACCACAGAGCUCAUGUGGAGUUGAUCAUUUCCCUACAUCCUCAUGGGAAGGUACAGCCCAGCUGCAGGACAGGAGGACUGACUGUAGUGAUGCAGGGGCCACUGCAACUUCUCUUUUUGUCUUGGACGACAAUUUUAGGAUAUCAAUGUAACGGGUAUCAAACAAUUUUAUAAACUGCAUUUUGUUUUUAGUUUCCUAUCUGGGUCAUGUUUAGUCAUUGUUUAAAAAAACCCAAUAAACUAAAUCAAGCUGUUGAUUAAAGGUGCAAAAAAUUGUUGUUUGCCUUUGAAUGGGGGCACUCCCAUACAUACCUCACAAUUGUGGAGUAAACUGCAAAUACCAGUUGCUGGCAUUUGCAGUAACACACGCUCCAGCUUCUGUGUUCUGCUCAGUGGGAACAAGGUGUGAGCAGAAUAACCCCUUCCUGUUAAACAAGGCUCAGGUGGGAUUUGGAUAUGGACUGCCUGGGCUCAAAGGGAGUUAGUUCUGCUAAACCCUUCAUUGUAGCCUGAUAAGUCACUCCUGAAAACCUCAAUGUAAAUGAAUUAAUUUGGUGGGGGGAUAAUCCCAACCAUUUCAAUUGUCAGUACAAGCACUAAUUUGUAUUUUUGUAAUGACAAAGCCUUUCCAAAAGCCAUGGCACUUGAAGCAGUACUAGUUUUCCUUAAGCAGGGCUGAACUUGGUGAGUGGAGAGUGCACCUGGAGUUAGUCUUUCAGGGAACAACCUGAUAGAACAGUGGAGGAGGGCAGCUAGGAAGCAGUUCAAUCUGUAAGUUCCUCUGUGUGUUACUCUCACAUCCUUUCUGCAAAAAUGAAGCACCCCAUCUCAUGACACUGGAUCAUACUUAUUUAAAACUAGUGCUGGUCAACAUCCACCCACAGUCAUUUUAGCUAGGCAGUUUCCACUCUGGCAGUGUACAGAUUUGCAUCCUCCUGAGCUCAGCUCACAGUAUUUUCCUGUUUGUCUCAGGCUUCCAUCUCUUGCUUUGUUAGGAAAAGUAAUUCUGGGCACAUUUGAGCAGAGCCAGCAACCGAUUAUAAGAGAUAAUUUUAAAAUGCAACGAAGAUGACUUGAAAAUUCUGUCUUCCUGUGGUCACCCAAAAAGCACUGAUCUACAAAAUGAGAGAAAGAAGGCUUUUAAAAGGCACUGAAACUGAUAGGGAGCAAGUGCAACAAAAACACUUCUGGGACUAAAAGUCAUCAAAUCCAAGACCUUAAAUUUGUGAAGUAGGUCAGUAUUUAUGUUCCUCUCUCUAGAGGGAGCCAUCAGAUAAAGAAAAAUGAUGUAUUCAUCUGAAGGAAAUGUGUUUUCUCUCAAAACACAAGCUAAUGCUCAGCUUUACGAAGGGGCACAGUGUCAGCCUGGCCAAAGGUCUUCAGCAGGACAGGUUUCUGCCCUGCUGCCAGGAGAAACAAUUCAGACCUUUGCUGCACCAGCAGUGCCAUUGCACAGAUAAAAAUAUUGUCCAAACGGGAAGAGUGGUAAAACCUGCACUUGUGCAAACUUCAGGGAGAGAGGUCCCAGGAAGCGCCAUUUUCUUUGAUGGUUAAAAAUCUUGAGCAUCUUCCCUUUACUUUUCAGUUCAGAAUCCACAGGGAGCCUUGGAGUGAUGCACAAAAUCAUGCAAUUCCUCUCCACUGCCCAGACACCAUUUCCUUGGGGUGCUCACCCACUGCCAGGCACUCAGGGCAAGAAUUGGUCCAGGCAAAAGACAUGUCCAUACAACAACUGUCAGUUUUAUGACAAUUCACAGAACAGGCAGGUGAAUGAUUCCAGCCAAAACUCAAUAAACCAAAUUCCUCAUUACACACAUAGAGAAGGAAAAGAAAUAGCCAAAAGCUGAUAGAAAUUAAUUUAGUGGGGUUAAGAUACCACAAUUUAUUCAGCUACAUGGGAGACACUUAUUUACAUAAUGGAACAGUACUGGAAAGUGUUACAAUGUAGUUGGUAGAAAAAGUCAAAUUGUUGAGCAGCAUUCAUAUAAAACACUGACCUGAACAAAAGCCAGUAAGAGCUUUUUUUCAUAUAAAAUCCCUCUAAUCAAAAAGACAGCAAAGCCCACGAGGUAUUAGUCAGUAUGACAACUUACCAAGCAGAGUCAGAAACAAGGCUCAGCCUUUGGAAAGCUAAACCACACCCAAAACUAGUGCUAAUGACAAAGAUAUAGCAAGGAGUUUGUGAACUUAUUUGCAAAAAUUUCUUAAUUACUUGGCUGUGGCAACCCCACAAAAUUUUCUUGGGACAGGACAAAAUAGGAGUGUUAGCAAUGGGUUUUUCACAUCUGAAGGAAACCCUGACCUGUGAUAAAAUGUAAGUAUAAAGGUGAUAAACCCUUUAAUAAAUUCAGAUUAUACAAUAGCUAAAGAACAAAUAACUGGAGAGACUAUCUUCAUAAGGCCUGACACCUCUUCUGUUCCAUCUCAGUAGUAUAUGUCUCUUCUCCAUCCUCUUAAUAUUGAAGUGCUUAUGCAUUUAAUGCAGUCCUGAAAAAACUACUUGAGGUAGACAAAUAUUAUUUGGCAAUUGAACCAAAGAACAAGAAAUGGAAGUCAAAUCUUCAUCGACUGGAACAACUCUGUGUUCCUUGUGGCUUCUGGCUCUGGACCAUGGCUGCUGGCUGGCUUACACUACUGAGAUGGGGCUUAGGUUUGUCUUUAUACAGCUCUGAUGUAUAUUCAUUUCUAUACUGUAGGUGCUUUUUGGUUUGGUUUGGUUUUUUUAGGUUUUGUUUGUAUGCUAAUAACAUUCUUUCUUGGUGUCCCCUCUUUGCACUGACUUUGCCAGGAAUGUGUUCUCUUGUUUUCAUUUUGGUUUGAGUUCAAUGUCCCUACUUGGCAGCAAUUUCAAUUGAACUCAAUCUCUUUCUCUUCUGAGCAGUACAAUGUGUCCUGCAGCAAACAAAAUUUCAGAGAUGGCCAAAGACUGGUCACAAGGGAAAAUCCUGAAACUGGGAAAAUGCAAUGAAAAGCCACAUGUGAUCACACAAAGUUAAUCUCAAAUCCCAGAACUUCAAGUUUUUGGCAAGCUACGGACAUUUUUUUAUCUUUUGAGGAGCAAAGAUUUCCUGCCAACAUUCACAAGAUGCAAUUUUGAAGAGAAAAA